UUCCGAUCGUUUGCAAAUGACGACCGCCAUGUCAUGGCCAAGCAUGCCGGCGUCUAUCCGGCCCCGGAGGAGCUGGAGGCCGUGCAGUCGCUGGUGUCCACCGUGGAGGGAGCCCUCAAGAAGGUCUCUGAUUGGAUGGACGGCCUCAACAAAUCAUCAGGGAAGACCUCCACCAGUAACGAGGCAGGGGACACGGUGGAGGAAGACGCUGCUGAGACAAAGCCUGAUGGUACGUCAGUGCUGUGCGGGGUGACGCGCGUCAGCCUGGUGGCCAAGGGCCUGCUGAUCAAAGGGGACAUGGACCUGGAACUGGUGCUGAUGUGCAGAGAGAAACCCACCAAACUGCUGCUGUACACCAUCAGCGCCAACCUCCCCCUGCAGAUCCAGACAAUGACGGAGGACAAAUACGAGGUGCGGUCGUGUGUGCCAGAGGCAGCUAUCCGGGUCUGCAGCACCAAAAACCCUCAACUCACGCUGAAGAUCACCCUGUCCUCCUUAGCCAUGAGGGAGGAGCACAGCACCACAGAAGAAGAUGUUUAUGAGACGCAGGAGGAGGAAGAGGAGGAGGAUGAUGUCCUGGACAGGCAUAAGUGCCAGGCUGCGCUGGCGUCGCUCCGACACGCCAAAUGGUUCCAGGCCAGAGUCACAGAUCUCAAGUCCUGCGUCAUCAUCUUGAGGGUCCUCAGAGACAUGUGCAACAGACUGCCUGUGUGGCAGCCUCUCAAAGGAUGGCCUCUGGAGCUGAUCUGUGAAAAGGCCAUAGCCACCUGUAACCGGCCGCUGGGUCCAGGUGAGGCCCUGCGCCGCGUCAUGGAGUGCAUCGCCUCAGGGAUUCUCCUGCCAGGAGGUCCAGGAGUUCACGACCCCUGUGAGAGGGAACCUACAGACGUCCUGUCUGAGCUCAGCGCCCAGCAGGCCGACGCCAUCACACACAGCGCACAGCAUGCGUUACGCCUCCUAGCCUUUGGACAGCUUUACAAGGUCUUGAAUAUGGAUCCUCUCCCUGCCAGCAAACCCUCACCGAGGCUGUUAGAAGGCGGCUGUCAGAAGAGGCUUCGGGAGGACGCCGGGUCAGAUGACAGAGACUUCAUCAAAAGGAUGAAAGUCCUCGACUGGAGGAUGACGGAUCCUAACCACCCCAUGAACGCUCUGAUGCGUCUGAACCAGAUCCACCCGGGUCUUCAGUACCGCCUGCUGUCCCAGUCCGGCCCGGUCCACGCUCCGGUCUUCACCAUGUCCGUGGAGAUCCAGGGAACCACGUACCAGGCCACCGGGAACUCCAAGAGGACCGCCAAGCUCCAAGUAGCCCUCAAGGCGCUGCAGGCUCUGGGCUACGUGCUCAGCAGCGACGGAGACGUGGACUCUCUGAGCGCUGACGAGAAGUCAGAUGGCGAAGGCAAGAACGACAGGAUGUCGACCAGCUCCAGCUCCACCUCCAUCACCUCCUCCACAGACGCACAGGAGUCCAGAGCUCCAGGUCCGAUCCUGACGGCGGGAGGUAAAAACCCGGUGAUGGAGCUGAAUGAGAAACGCCGCGGCCUCAAAUACGAGCUGAUAUCAGAGAGCGGCAACAGCUACGACAAACGCUUUAUCAUAGAGGUGGAGGUGGACAAGCAGGUUUUCCGGGGGACGGGUCCCAAUAAGAAAGUAGCCAAAGCCAGCGCCGCGCUGGCUGCCCUGAACAGCCUGUUCUCCGGCUCCAAGUCAACGACCAACAAGAAGAAACGGCCCAACCCUCCACCAAAGCGACCUGUGGCCUCAGUGCUGACCCUCCCGGCCCUCGCUGCCAGACCUCCACGGGUCCCCGUCAUCCCCCGAGCUCCCUACAUCAGCACCCCACCCACACAUGGAUACAUCCCCCCAGGUUUUGGUGCUCCUUAUGGCUACAGCCCUGCAGGCGCCCUCCCAGCCUACGGUGGCCUGUACAUCGACAGUGCCUAUUACCAGCCGCAGACCAUAGCCACACCUAUAAUCAUCCACCUGGGCCCUCAAGAUCUUUUCUGACCCCGAUGAUGUACCGAGACCACAUCCGGCAACAGACUCGACCUCCUGUUUAAUCCCUCACCCUUAUUAAACUCUGUCAGCGCCUCUCAAUUACUGCAGCACUGCUCCCCUCCCCUCCCCUCCCCCGGGUUUCUCCUUCCACACGAGACAAAGCAGCAAUAUUGAAAGCAAUAUGGAAGAGAAAACCCCUCGGGCGACGCUCCUGCCGAGUCCGGGUCGGGUUUAAGAGAGGACGAGGCCGCAGCCGAGCCUUUGUUUUACCCAGCUCGCUCAGAAAACGUCAAUAAAACACAAAGCAAUACUUCUUCUGCCUUCGGGAAUCUCAACGUGUUCCAGAGCGACUUGACUCGAGUCUCAAACGCUGUUUCAGACGAUCACACGACAAUGUGAGCUACUGUAUGUAAAUACUAUAUUUACUACACUGUAUAUAUGGAUGUUUGUGAGUUUUGAAUAUAUAUAUAAACAUGUUAAUAUGUUUGAAUAUGUAAAACCCCCUGACGGGUAAAGAAACAUAUUUAUAAUCUAUCUCUGAAUGUAAAUACAGUAGUGACUGAAGUAGCUUUGUACUGAAAGCACUCUCAGAUAUGAUAUCUAUAAAUAUUAAGAGUUAAAUACAUUUUACAAAUUGUCUAUAACAAUGUCUACAACACUGUAUUGGUAUGUUGAUGGUAUAUAAUCCCAAAUUAAACAUUAUUGCAUAUAGUAGACUUAAGUAGUAAUUUUCCAAUCCAAAGCAUCAAGAUUAAAAUAAGUAAUUUGACAAAAACUAAUUUAUAAACGAUUUUAAAUCAUGUUAAAAAGGACGUUUGUCAUCAUCUGUUCUCUGCUGUU